AUUGUUUCUGGCGCUUAGCAACACUUCAGUCAAACUGUAAUUAUAAAGUUACACCCUGCACCUGACUCGCCUCAGGCAAACCAGGAAAUGGGAUGUGGCCGUGCCUCACUGAGACGACACAAACACACUGAGAGACGGACAAUAACAUUCACCUUUAGUUCAAAAUCGAGAGAGGACAUCUACAGGAGGGAAUACUGGAAAUACUGGGAAUACUACAAUACUGGGAAUACUAAAAUACUACAACCUCAACCAGCUGCUGACUCAACAAACUGAACGAGGCUUUUACAAGAACAAAGACUCAAUGUGAAAGUGAGUUUCAGGGAACAGGGAGUGGCUGAGCUGUCUGCCUGCUGUGGUUCCUACUUCACUCAGAGACUAAAUGGCUUCAAGAUUAGAGGAAGAUCUCUGCUGUUCAAUCUGCCAAGACAUCUUUAGACGUCCUGUCUUCCUGUCAUGUACCCACAGCUUCUGUAAAGACUGUUUGCAGAGGUGGUGGACAGAGAAACAAGCACGUGAGUGUCCAGUUUGUAAGAAAAUAUCUCCGAAAUUAAAUCCACCUUUGAACCUGGUCUUAAAGAACCUGUGUGAGAGUUUCUUACUGGAGAGAGAUCGGAGAGCUUCAGAGGCUCGCUGCAGUCCGCACUCUAAGAAACUCAAACUCUUCUGUCUGGACCAUCAGCAGCCAGUGUGUUACGUCUGUAGAGAUUCAGAAGAACACUCCAACCACAGAUUCAGACCCAUCGAUGAAGCUGCACGACAACACAAGAAGAAACUCCAGGAAACUCUGAAACCCUUAAAGGAGAAGUUAAGGGUUUUUGAACGAGUUAAAGUGAAGUGUGAUCAAACAGCAGAACACCUGAAGCUCCAGGCCCGACGCACAGAGACGCAGAUUAAGGAUCAGUUUAAGAAGCUUCACCAGUUUCUAGAAGAGGAAGAGGAGGCCAGGAUGGCUGCUCUGAGAGAGGAAAAGAAGCAGAAGAGUCAGAGGAUGAAGGAGGAGACGAAGGCUCUGAGCAGAGAUAUAGCAGCUCUUUCAGACACAGUCAGAGCCACAGAGGAGCAGCUGAGAGCUGAAGACGCCUCAUUCCUGAUCAACUACAAGGCUGCAGUGGAAAGAGUCCAGCAGUUCCCCCUGCUGGAUGAUCCACAGCUGCUCCCAGGAGUUCUGAUAGACGAGGCCAAACACCUGGGCAACCUGAACUUCAACAUCUGGAACAAGAUGAAGGACAUGGUCUCAUACACUCCUGUGAUUUUGGAUCCAAACACUGCUCAACCAAGAGUCACCCUGUCUGAAGAUCUGACCAGCGUGAGACGAGGAGAGAAACAGCUGCUUCCUGAUAAUCCAGAGAGGAUUCAUUAUUCCUUCUCUGUCCUGGGCUCUGAGGGCUUUGACUCAGGGACUCACAGCUGGGAUGUCGAGGUUGGAGACAUUACAGGCUGGGAAUUGGGUGUGUUAGCAGAGUCUGCCCAGAGGAAGGGAGACAUACGGUCUGGGCUAUGGACAUUAUUGUUCUUUACAGGUAACUACAGAGCUGUCUCCCCUUCAGCUGCAGACACUGAUCUCCAGCUACAGAAGAAGCUUCAGAGGAUCAGAGUGACUCUGGACUGGAACAGACACAAUGUGUCUUUCUCUGAUCCUGAUACGAACACACACAUACACACCUUCACCUUUACACCUAUUUUCAUGCUCACUGAAAAGGUUUUUCCAUAUAUAAGAGCUGAGUAUAAACUUCCACUAAAGAUUUUGCCAGUGAACGUCUCUGUGACUGUGGUUAAACCGUUAAGUUAGGUUAGAGAUGCUACUUCCGAUCUUGCUAGCU